CCCAGGUAACCCAGGCUCCCUAGCUUGACAGUUACCAUGGCUCCGGUCGCUGUACGUCAUUCUCCGGCGCUGGAUGAUGACGUAAUCAGUUCCGGCGCCCUCCGAGGGCGGGGGAGCAAGGUAUAGGAGAAAACUUAGCUAUUAGUGUAGCAGGGUCAUGAAGAAGAGGCGGCGGCGGGAGAUCCCGGGCGGUGGCCGGGGCGCGAAAUUGCGGUAGCUGGCCGCUGGGCUGGUGGCGUGGCUUUGUGAGAAGGGCGUAGUUCCUAAAGCCCUCUCCGGGCAGCGGCCGGGGCUCGGGGCUGCGAGCGGCCCUGGGGCCGCCUCCCCGGGCCCCCUGGCUCCGCCAUGUUCCGCAGGGCACGCCUUAGCGUGAAGCCGAAUGUCAGGCCCGGAGCAGGCGCCAGGGCCUCCACCGCCCCCAAUUCCCAGCGUGAACAAGAGGUUCCAAGGCCGCAGGAGCCUGCCGCGGCCUCUGCUCCGAAGCCGGCGGAAUCCACAGAUGUGCCCCCGGUGGAUUUCGGGGAAGCGGAGCCCCAAGAAAAGACUCCCAAGAGCAGUGUUGAAAAGACUGAUGAUGGGAAGGAUGUUGAAGAAUCCAGUAAGCCUUCCUCUACUGUUUCACAGAGAAGAAAGCGAAUACCAAGUACUUCUAGUCUGGUCAAACCUAGUGUCAGUGUUCCUUCAGAACCUCAUCCUUUAUCUACAGUUAAUCAAGAAGCUCCACAGCCAAACCCUGUUCCAACAAAAGAGAAACAGCCAUGUUCAGACAGAUACCGAAUAUACAAAGCCCAGAAACUGAGGGAAAUGUUAAAAGAAGAAUUGAGGAAAGAGAAGAAGCAAUGGAAAAACAAGUAUGCCGUCAAUGAAACUCAGAGGCCACCGGAUCGUUCCAAAAUGACUAUGAGAGACUUCAUAUAUUAUCUACCAGAAAGCAAUCCAAUGACUUCUUCACUGGAGCAGGAAAAGAAAACUGAAAAAUCAUCGACACCAGUCCGAACACGAGAGCAAGAAAGCAAGACUACUCCUGAUGGUGAAGAUAACGAAGAAAUAGAAGAAGAGUUGGAUGAUGGGCCCUUGCUGGUUCCUCGAGUAAAAGUGGCAGAAGAUGGUUCUAUUAUUUUGGAUGAAGAAAGUUUAACUGUAGAAGUUUUAAGGACAAAAGGUCCCUGUGUUGUUGAGGAAAAUGACCCCAUAUUUGAGCGUGGUUCUACAACUACAUAUUCCAGCUUUAGGAAAAGCUACUACUCUAAACCAUGGUCAAAUAAAGAGACAGAUAUGUUUUUUUUAGCCAUCAGCAUGGUAGGAACUGACUUUUCUAUGAUUGGACAGCUUUUUCCUCACAGAGCAAGAAUAGAAAUUAAGAAUAAAUUUAAACGUGAAGAGAAAACAAAUGGAUGGAGAAUAGACAAAGCAUUCCAGGAAAAGCGCCCUUUUGACUUCGAUUUUUUUGCUCAUUUGCUUCAGAAAGUUCUUGCCGAAGAAGAGAAAAGAAAACAAAAAUCUGUUAAAAAUCAGAGUUCAAAGGAGAAGAAGUCGUCUAAAUCACGGAAAAAUGUAAAAGUGAAAAAAGUUGCUAAUGAUGAUCGAGAUGAGUCUGUGAGCACUAAAAUUUCAAACCCAGGAAGGUCGCAAAAGGAUGCUCAGACAGUUGAAGAAGAACUGCAGUCUCUGACUUUAUCUGAACAGGAUUCAGAACAGAAUGCAUUAGAACUAGAUGUAAAUCAAAAGAAAAGAAGAAGAAAGAAUCAGGGUGAAGGUAGUGAACAAGAAGUGCAUCUUUCAGGAAGUGCCACUGUUCAGCCAGGCUCUUCUAAAGGAGAAAAACACAGAAAUAAAGGCCUGUCUUUAAGUCCUGAGAUUAAUGAAGAUGAAUCCAGUAAGGAACAAGAGCUUCCCUGUGUACAGGACACGGAUGACCUUGUGGAUUUAUCCUCUAGUGAAGACGCUGAGCAAAGAACUGACCCUGUUCUUUCACCAAGUCAACAAGAUGUUGUAUCAGUAGCAGCUGAGACUGCAGGAUCAAACACUUCAGACUUGCCUUCAUCAGAAGGUGGAGCUGGAGCAUUGUGUGAGGUGAACAGUGCUGAGAGUAGUCAUACAGAAGAAAGAGAUGUUGACCUAAAAGAAAAAUCACUGGAAACUGAUCAAACAGAAACUGUUAAACCAAUGACAAGAGGACGACUCCAGAGACCUAAACCCAAUUUAUCAAGGGCAGUUGGGAAGAAAUCAGUUCUUUCACGAGGUAAAACAGAUGCAGAGAACAAGAGUUUGCAUAAAGAAACUCCUAUUGAAAAGAAUCCCAUGGAAAAGGAUGGUAUUUCUGGAAUGGAGAAUACAGAGAAAGGGAACCCAGAACCUGAGACUGUAUCUAAUUUGAGUGAAAAAACUUGUCUGCAGGAAGAUGAUCAACCAAAGGCUUUCAGACCUGCACGACUAAUGCGGGGCUUAUUACAAAGGCCAAAACCAAAUGUCGGUAAAGCUGCCGAAAGAAAAGAAACUGUUACAUCACAGGAAAAACCUGGUGCCAGUAUAGAAAAGAAUGAAAACGAAUCCUGUAUCAACAGAGAUCCUCCUGAACAGCUAGAAGAUCAGUCAUGUGAAAAUUUUGAGUGUGAAGACAGUGCAUCACUAUCUGAAAAAAAAGACAGUUCCUUUCAAAAUGUGCAGUCAGACGACCCCAAGGCUGUUGAUCAAUGUCUGAGUAUUCAGGAGGAUAAUAGAGCAAAUAAAGAUGUUCGAAUUCCAAAGACUCGAUUUCAGAAACCAAAGCCAAAUAUAGGAAGGAGAACUGGAAGAAGAGGAAUGUCCUCAAAGGAAGAGGUACCAAAGGAGGUAAUUGCCUCUGAGGUGAUGACAGCAGCUUUGAGAGAAACUGCAACACUGGAAGCCUCACUAAGGGAGAAGGAGCCUGUGGAGACUAAUACUACUGAGGAAAUGGAGUCAGAUUUAAGAGAAAUUGGAAGAAAAGACAUCUCUUCCAGGGAUAUAAGGCCCGAGACGAGUGAUAUCGCUGUGGAAGUGGAGACAGAUUUGAAAGAAACUGAAGAAAAUGACAUCUCUCCCAGGGAAAAAAUGCCAGAAAUAAGUGAUGUCACUGUGGAAAUGAAGACUGAUUUGAAGGAAACUGAAAAAAAUGACAUCUCUCCCAUGGAGAAGAUACCAGAAAUGAUUGAUGUCAUUGCAGAAAUGGAAACAGAUUUGAAAGAAACUGGAAAAAAUGACAUCUCUCUCAGGGGAAAAAUGCCAGAAAUGAGUGAUGUCACUGCAGAAAUGGAGACAGAUUUGAAAGAAACUGCAAAAAACGACAUCUCUCUCAGGGAGAAAAUGUCAGAAAUGAGUGAUAUCAUUGCAGAAAUGGAGACAGAUUUGAAAGAAACCGGGAAAAAUGACAUCUCUCCCAGGGAGACAGUACCAGAAAUGAUUGAUGUCACUGCAGAAAUGGGGACAGAUUUGGAGGAAACCAGAAAAAAUGACAUCUCUCCCAGGGAGAAAAUGCCUGAAACGAGUGAUGUCAUUGCAGAAAUGGAGACAGAUUUGAAAGAAACCAGAAAAAAUGACAUCUCUCCCAGGGAAACAGUACCAGACAUGAUUAAUGUCACUGCAGAAAUGGGGACAGAUUUGAAAGAAACCGGGAAAAAUGACAUUUCUCCCAGGGAGAAAAUACCAGAAAUGAUUGAUGUCUCUGUGGAAAUAGAGACAGAUUCGAAAGAAACUGGAAAAAAUGACAUCUCUCCCAGGGAGAAAAUGCCAGAAAUGAGUGAUGUCACUGAGGAAAUAGGGACAGAUAUGAAAGAAACAGAAAAAAAUGACAUCUCUUCCAGUGAGAAAAUACCAGAAAUGAUUGAUGUCACCGCGGAAAUGGAGACAGAUUUGAAGGAAACCGGAAAAAAUGACAACUCUCCAAGGGAGAAAAUACCAGAAACAAAUGUUGUCAGUGUGGAAAUGGAGACAGAUUUGAAAGAAAAUGGAAAAAAUGACAUCUCUCCCAGGGAGAAAAUGUCAGAAAUGAGUGAUGUCACUGCAGAAAUGGAGACAGAUUUGAAAGAAACCGAAAAAAGUGACAUCUCUCCCAGGGAGAAAAUACCAGAAAUGAUUGAUGUCGCUGCAGAAAUGGAGACAGAUUUGAAAGAAACUGGAAAAGAUGACAUCUCUCCCAUGGAGAAAAUGCCAGAAUCGAAUGUUGUCACUGCAGAAAUGGAGGCAGAUUUGAAAGGAACUGGAAAAAAUGACAUCUCUCCCAGGGAGAAAAUGCCAGAAAUGAGUGAUGUCACUGCAGAAAUGGAGACAGAUUUGAAAGAAACCAGAAGAGAGAUUUUCCCAAGGGAGGAGAUAACAGUGGUGACUGAUGCCACUGAGGAAAGAAAGACAGAUUUGGAAGAAACUGAAAGAAGAGAAAUGUCCCUACUGGAAAAUGCCCCAGAGGAAGUUGAUACUAUUGGGGAAGUAGAAACAGAUUUGAAAAAAACUGAAAGAGAAAUUUCCCCAAAUGAGGAGAUACCAGAGAUGCCUGAUGCUGCUGAGGAAGUAGAGACAGAUCUAGAAGAAACUGAUAGAAGAGAAAUGUCUACACAAGAAAAUGCCUCAGAGGUCAAAACUGUAGGUGACGAAAUGGAGAUAGAUUUAAAAGAAAUUGGAAUAGAAAUUUCCCCAAGGGAAAAGGUAUUAGUGGGGAUCGGUGCCACAGGGGAAAGAGAAACUGAUUUGGAAGAAACUGGGCAGAGAGACAUUUUCCUGAUGCAGAAAGCAUCAGCAAAGGUGGCUGCCGUUGAGGAAAUAGAGGCAGAUUUAAAAGACCCUGGAAAAGAAAUUUCCUUGACGAAAAGCAGAUCAGAAGAGAUCGAGAAAAGCAUGGCAGAUUUGGAAAACAUAGAAAAAAUAGACAUUUCUCUAAGGGAAAAAGAUCCAGAGGACACUGGGACCUCAAGUCGAGCCGAGGCAGAUCCCUUGCAGACCAGUAGUCAUGACUCCAGCACUGUGUCUUCACUGACUAAUAGAGACUUGGGCAGGGAAGUGCUAUCCGUGGUUCAUACAUCUGUAGAAGAAAAAAAUUCUGAAAAGGAAGUGUCAAAUCAGUUGAGUCAUUUGAACAUUUCUUCGCAGUCUUCGGAACUUGAUAAAGUAGAAGACCAGAGGAUGCGACCUCCAGGUGUUCCAGAGCAGUUUUCAGAUAUUAAUUUAAGCAAAUCUCUUCCUCAAGAACAGACGCCAUGUGAAGUUAAGCUGACACCUUUUGUGAGAAGUAGAUUCAAAAGACCUAAACCAAACUUAGCAAGAGCAGCUUCAAAAAGAGAGACUACGAAAGCAGAAAAGCAUGCACCUGGGAAGGAGGCGGAAGCUGAUAAAACAGAGACAGUUGUGAUACAGCAGAACUGUGAACAAAUGAGUACUUUCCCUUCUCAACAUGAUGUGGCUUCUCUAAUGACAUCAAGAGAAAAAGACAAAUUAGAUCACGGUCCAGAGGAGACUGUGAUAUUACCAUGUGUGCAGACUGAAAAGGACCUUUCACCUUUGAGUUCUUGUGAAUCUAAAGAGGAGUCUCAGUCCACACAAGUCCAGGAAAAGGAAUCACUUGUUUCUAUGCGGACUCAUAAUAUAAACAUUUUUGAACAAGGAAUAAAGGAAAGGGUUAUACAAACUGCUCCACUAGUAAGGGGUCGACUUCAGAGACCCAGACCAAACUUAAGAAAGGCUGGCCAGAGGCAAGUAAUAGAAAAAAGUGAAACCAAAGAAACAACUAAGGAAGAAAAGAUGCUACAAAAAGAUGAAACUGGAGAGAAAUUCCUGACUGUGCCAAAUUCUCAAAUUGCAACCGAAAUUGAAGUUGUAUCCUCUGAAGUGUCAGAAGGCAGAAUGUCUGAAAACCAGAGCCACGUUCUUGUAGAAAACCUUCAUAUUAACAAAGUAGAUGUUUUAGGUGAAAAGAUGAGACAUGGACAUGAAACGUAUGUUCCUAGUCCACCACAAAUGAUAAGAAGACAGUUCGAAAGGGCUAAGCCAAAUUUGGGAAGAGCACAAAGUAAGAAAGAAGCAUCAGACAUAGAAGACAGAGCAGAUCAGAGGAAGGCAAGGAAGCCAGAAGAUAGUUUGUCGCAGCAUGAAGAUUCUGACAGCCAGCUUCUUCAAAAAGGAAAACCUGAGCUUCUGACAUCUCUGGAGGUUUCAGCAAGAAAAGAUUCUGUAGGUUCCAAGGAGACUGAAUUGGCAAAAAAAGAUGCUCAAUCAGAAGUUGAACCAUCUGGAAGUGUUGGAGAGAAGACUGGAGAGGAUAAUUCUGUGUGUGCAGUUGUUGAAAAGCAGUGUAUCAGUAAACCAAGCUCCCCUCAAUUGUUAAAAGAACCAGAUAACUCUAAAAUUGCUCUGGAUCGAAGAAGAGCGCUCUCUUCUGCCUCUGAGCGUGAGAUAGAUCAUAGUAGAAGGAGAGUACGUCGAAAGGUUAAACCCAGCAUCCCCAAAGGGCGUGGCUCAAAACGAAGUCGGAGUAAGACCUCUAAGAAGGAGCCCAGAGCUUCCAGGUCUGUGCUGGUGACUCUUCGAGCUUCCCAGGAAGAAGACGAAGAUGAUGGUGAAGACUUUGACUAUGAAGAAGAAAGCUAUCAUCUUGCUCCCGAAGAAGUAAACAAGGCUCCAGUGUUUGUACCUAUUGGUCUCAGAUCUCCCGAACCUGUUCCUGUUCAGAUUGAGGAAACUAUGGAAGAGCUUGUAAUCCCCACGAAUGUCACAGAUGUAGGAUGCAUAACUGUUGUUGAACAUCAACUUCCAUCAAACAUAGAUGUGAUUCCUCAAGAAAUGAGACGAGAAGAAAAUUUGAAUACAUUAUCAGUUGAAAUGACCGUAGGUGGACAUUCCCAAGCUGAAACAGAAAGUACCAACGAUGGGAGCACUGAAGCUGCCAUAACCCUACUGACUAUGGGAGAUCUGGUGUUGCAGUCAGAGAUUAGCCCAGAACAGAGUGAUGGAAUAUGUGUACUUCCUGAUGCUCAUUCAAUCGAUCAAAGCCAUAUUCCUUUUAGCCCAGAUAAUGUAAAUCUCAAAACUGUUCAUGAAUGUCAGGAACCUUCUUCAUCUGUCCAUAGUACAUCUCCAUCAGUAGAAGAAAACAAGAUUGUAUUGGAUGUGGAUAAACAGAAUACUAAAGAAGAAAUUGGUUUGACAGAAGAAGUAAAGGAAAAUACUACAUCCUCCAGGACUACAACUUCUGAAGUGACCAAUAAUUUGAGAAAGAGAAGUAGAUUUGCCAAGCCCAAGCCAAAUCUUAAGAAGAUUUUAGGGACCAAGAGAUUUGGUGCUCAUCAGAAAGUUCCUAGUUUGUUUGUAACUAAAGGAGAAGAAGUGGAAAUUCAAAGAGAAACUGAGAAAAAUGCUUCUCAAGAAACAGAAGAUAAAAACCUUGGGUCAGUUACAGCAACAGAGAGUACAGAGCAGAGCAAAGUGGCAUCUGUACAUGGUAUUGAAGAGACCAGUAUUUCACAAGAAACACACCUAACUGAAAGAGGUGAAGAUCAAGAACGGAGAUCUGAAGAAGUUCCGAUAUCAUCAGCUGCUCCAGCUGUUUAUUCUGAGUCAGGACCCCAUACAUGUGGUUUGGGCAUGGGUCUUGGUGAGAGUUCUGUUGAAGAGCCUCUGGGAAAGGACAUUAAUGGAGACCCUGUGCUUACACUAAAUGUGCCAGAGUGUAUACCAAUUAGUAUUCCAGAAGUCCAGCAAGAGAAUGUAAACAAUCUUCAAGACCUAACAGUCAAUCUAGUUAAUGUACAUCAGGAUGGUGAGGAUGAACAAGCUUUCAUUUUAACUCUGGUGGAAAUCCCAACUCAUGCAGUAGAAGAAUAUGCUGAUAGCACUAUGCAGUUAAUGCCAAAUCCUUUACUGCCGGCGCCCAUAUUGGUCAAAUCAGUGAAUACAAAAGAAAGAGAAGACACGAGUAUGAGUUUUCCAGUAACUUCAGUUGAUCAAGAUGACGUGUGUUUAUCUAAUUCUGAAAGAGAUGAUUCAGAAAACUCUGCUGCUAAAUUGGAUCUUGUAUCUAGGAAGAGAUAUCAUUGUAGCCUUGAUGAAAGUGACCAUGUCCCUCCUGCCAAAAAAACUUCACUCACUUCAAUAGAUGAUUGUCAAAAAUAUACCUCUGAGGUGUGUUCAAAGGAAUUAACAGAUGUUUUGGAGGAAACAGGGGAGUCUUACAAGGGACAGGAUAUCUUCCCUACCUCAGGAAACAUACAGACAAUUUCAGAACCUCAGAAAGAGCAACUUGAACCAGCUUCUCAGAGUAUCAGAUCUGGAUGUCUUGAUAAAAUAAUAGAUACACAAGAACAGAAUGCAUCUCAGUUACCUCAGGAUGAGACAAUGGUGUCUGAUAAGGAAGAAAGAACUUGUGCUGCUUCUGAGUCUGAACAAAUGGGUAGCAUCACAUCGUCUUCAAACCGCCCCCUAACCAGACCUGGCAGAAGACCCCUGGGAUUUUUGUCUUUAAUAUGUUCAAAGAAUAGCUUGGACUCUGAUGAACCUACACAGGUUCAUAGUAAGAAACGCCUAAAACCUGUUAUACCUGUAUCAAGACAAAAUUUGAAAAGAUCUAAUCUGCCUAGUGUAAGCCAGAAAAAAACUCAAGAGUCCUCUGAUGUUCCAUCUCCAAGUGUUGUUGACAAUACUCAACCUACGAAUAAUGAUAGUUCAGCAACUCAGGUUUCUCAUAAUCGUCGCUUACCGAAAGGAGAAUGUAAAGGUGGCCAAAACCGGGUGCCUGAAGAGGAGCCAACCACAGUCUCUGAGUAUUUCUUUAACGAUAUCUUUAUUGAAGUGGAUGAAACAGAAUAGAAAAUCGCCUUUUUUAUUUUCAAGUCUAGGAUUUCCAGAAUCAGUUAUAUCAACAAAACAGUAUUUAGAAAGAAGCAUCACUGGCAGUUUUUCUUUAGGUUGAUUUUGAGUAUUUAUUCAGCUUGAUUUGAAUCAGUGAAAACCAUUGCUGGGGUCCUUUUCAUUCUGAUUGGCUCAGCAUUUUGGAAAUAACAACCAGUUAAGACUGCUUUCCCAGACAGAAAUAACAGGUCUUGUUUACAUUUUGACUCUUUCUCUAUUGAACACACAUGAACAUCCUCGAAUGCUGUGGGUAAUGUCUGUGUGAGUCACAGUGCUGAUGUAUUUGGAAGUGGAUUGUAUUUAACGUUUAGCGAACCUUUUGUGAAGGUUUUUUUAUGUUUGCAUAGGGUUUUUGUUUUUGUUUUAGGAUUUUGGGGGGUUUGGGUGUUUUUUUAUUUUUUGUUUUUUAGUAAGGUGAAAGCCUUUUCAUUUGCCUCAAAAUAUAUGAAAGGAAAUUGUGAAACUCCAGUUUAGUAUGGUAACUGUUAAAAACUUUUCUAUUAUCAUCUAUUUGACUGAAAAAUGUGUAUUUUUCUAAUUCAUAUUGAUGUAACAUUAGUCCUAAUUGAAGAACUAGUAUUUAAACUUACUAUUUAUAAAGAUAAAACAUCAAAAAGCUUAUUUAUUUUUAAAUUUUUUAUUUAAAAGAAUAUUCAGUUUUAAUUUUUUACCCCUGAGAUUAUGGGUAAAGAAGGCAUUAACAAAUUUAUGUUUGUCUCCUUUCCCGCUUUAAUUUUAAAGAUAUUUAAAGUGAUAUAACUAAAGUAUUUGAAUAGUAUAUAUGUUUGAAUACAUUUUUUUCUCAUAGUUCAGUAUAUUGACUUUGUACUGUGAAUUUUUUGUUUUUCUUAUUUCUUAGAUAAUCUCAGGAUUUGUAUGGGAAAAAAAAACCUUAACCUUAUUUAUGAGGCAAAUUUCCAUACAAAACUCAGUCUCCAUUACAUAAACAUAUGCUCACAUACACACAUUCCUUUUUUAAAAAACAAUUUCUUGUUUUCUUUCCCCCAUUAAAUUCUCCUUAAGGACCUAAGUAUGUAGGUCUUUACGGACAGAACAUAAUUGAGAUGUUAAAAACAGAAAAUAAGAUAACAAUAAGCGUUUAUCAAGUCAGUGAUUAUCAUCAAUAUGAAUUUAUGGGUUGGGUUUAAAUUUUGAGAUUUUGUGAUUUACAUAGGUAAUUCCUUUAUCCACCCAAGCAAAUCUUUGUGGUUCAAAUUAAACUUCUGAAAAAACAGAAUUAUUCUUUUAUAUGAAAAGCCCUCUGGGUUGAUAAUACCUUGGAUCAGGAAUCAGAAACAUUUUCUGCAAAAAUAUUUUCGAAUCCGUGGGCCAGAUGCCUUCUGGGGUAACUACUCAACUCUGCCAUUUCAGUAUGAAAACAGCCACAGACAAUACUUACAUGAUGGGCAUAGAUGGAUUGACCCUUAUAUUAGACAGUAGUUUUCUUACCUUAAGGUGCUGAUGUCAUUACCUAUGAGAUAUUUGUCCCAGAAAUUAUGAGUUGUGCCUAACAAAGAAAACUGUUGAUUGCAUUAUGAAAUCAGUAUUUCAGUUGGGAAGAUAUUCUAAUGUCUAAUUAUGUUUGUAAAUUGAAAAUUACAAAAAAUGGUGACCAGUUUUCAGGUUCACUAGUAAAACUGGAUUUGGCUUGGCAAGUAUAACAGUAAUCCUAAAUUAUUAAAACAAUUGAUAUUAGAACAUUUCUUAUUCAUUGCCUUAUAGUGAAAUUUACAGUUUAAACUUUUUUGUCAUAAAGGAGGAUUUAGAAGGAAAUUCUCUAUAGAUGCGCAUUUAUUUAUUUCAUGUGAUUAAUAUGUUACAAAAACCAUGGUCGUAAAUCACAUUGCUAUUUUAAAUGCCAUUUUUAUACAUUUUAAAAGUCUCAUUCUGAAAAAGUUUCUUUAGUUCAUGUUAGUUUAGGUGUUAGGUUGUCAUAGCUAAACUAUGAUUUUAUCCCUUGUUUAAUAUCACUUUAAAUGUGUUAUCAUCUGUCUCUUGUUCAUCUACAAUGAGUCAAUUUUGUGGAAGAUGUAACUUCUUACUGUAUAAAGGAUAAUUUUAUCUUUGGGCAUUCAUUGCAUUAGAGAAUCAAGUCAGCUAAAUUCUCCUACUGUUAUAUCCUUAAAACUACUCUUAGAAAAAGAAAAUCAGUGUAUUUACCUUACAAGGGGGAAAGACUUGUUCACACCUGUGUUUAAUCUGACUCAUAUAAAGAUCAUGUGAAGAAUUUGUAUUUUAUAAAUUUUCAAAGAGAUAUGAUUAAAGGUCUUUAUUUUUUUCUUGUCUUUUCCUCCUGAACACUUUUAUCUUAGCAAGUGAUCAACAUGAUGACUUAAAAGCCUAAUUGUUGGUAAAUGAUUGAGGCACAGAUAAAAAUAUGAUAUCCACUGCUUACCACCAUGUUUUUUGAAAUAUAGGUCACCAUGUAUAUUAUCUUGCUUAAAGAAGUCUUUGACAAAAAGCAAUACCUGUCAUUGUAAAUUUUCUUGUUCUAAAGAAAGCAGUUAUAUUCUGUAGAUGUAAAUUAUGUAAAUAAAAGUUAUUUUAUAUUA